UGCCCCCCCGUUUCUCCAUCCCGCCCACCAAUCACGAGGUGAUGCCCGGCGGCAGCAUCAACCUGACCUGCGUGGCGGUCGGCGCUCCCAUGCCUUACGUCAAGUGGAUGAGUGGCGAGGUGGAGCUCACCCGGGAGGAGGAGAUGCCCAUUGGCCGCAACAUCCUGGAGCUCACCAACAUCCGUCAGUCAGCCAACUACACCUGCGUGGCCAUAUCCUCCCUUGGCAUGAUCGAGACCACGGCCCAGAUCACUGUCAAAGCCCUGCCCAAGCCGCCCACCUCCCUCAUAGUGACAGAAACCACGGCCACCAGCGUCACCCUAACCUGGGACUCUGGCAACCCAGAACCUGUGUCCUACUAUGUGAUCCAGUACCACGCCAAACUGUCUGACAACGGCUUCCAGGAAAUAGACGGAGUAGCCACGACCCGCUACAGCAUCGGCGGCCUCAGCCCCUUCUCGGAAUACGAGUUCCGCGUUAUAGCCGUCAACAACGUCGGCCGAGGGCCUCCCGGUGGCGCCGUGGACACCCGCACAAGCGAGCAGGCGCCCUCGUCACCUCCUCUCCACAUCCAGGCGCGCAUGCUGAGCUCCAGCACCAUGCUGGUCCAGUGGGAUCCUCCGGAGGAGCCCAACGGACAAAUCAGGGGGUACCGGGUCUACUACAGCUCCGAUCCCGACGCCCCGCUUAGCGCCUGGCAGAAACACAACACAGACGACAGCCAGCUCACCACCAUCUCGGGCCUCACCGCGGACAUCACAUACACCCUGAGGGUGCUGGGCUUCACCUCAGUAGGAGACGGGCCUCCCUCUGAUAUUCUGCAGAUCAAGAGCCAGCAGGGAGUUCCAGCUCAGCCAUCUGGUUUUGAGGCUGAGGCCGAGCUGGACUCGCGCAUCAUGCUGUCAUGGCUUUGGCCCGUCCAGGAUCCAAUAAUUGGCUUUGAACUGCUCUACUGGGAGGCUAGCAACCCCACAAAAAAGCAUCAUGCCACUUUCAACCCAGCAGGUUCCUAUGCAGUGGACGGUCUGAAGCCAGACACACUCUACAUGUUUUCACUGGGUGCAAAAUCUGAGAUGGGUCUAGGAGUCUAUACUCAGCCUAUUGAGGCCAGGACGGCCCAAUCUACCCCCUCAGACCCUCCCCAGGAGGUACGCCUGCUCAGCCUCAGCUCCACCAGCAUCAAGGUGAGUUGGGUGGCACCGCCCACAGACAGCCGCCACGGAGAGAUAGCGCGCUACUCCCUAGCCUACGUAGCGCUCACUGGGGAGGACGUGGAGCGCCACCAGGUGUCAGGGAUUGCCGCUGAUGUCACCAGCUACGUGCUGGAGGACCUGCAGAAGUGGACUGAGUACUCGGUGUGGGUGAGGGCUCACACUGACGUCGGGCCGGGCCCAGAGAGCUCCGCAGCUUGCAGCAGAACCAAAGAAGAUGUGCCCGGAGCCCCUCCCAGGAAGGUUGAGGCGGAUGCCCUCAACUCCACAGCUCUCAGGGUGACCUGGAAGCCUCCGCUGUCCAUGAAGCAGCACGGCCAGAUCAGAGGCUACCAGCUGGUCUACUCCAGGCUAGAGAACGGAGAGCCUCACGGCCAGCCGGUCAUCGUGGACGUUUCCCUCCCCGAUGCCCAGGAGGCUGUUGUAACAGGUCUGCUGCCAGAGACGACCUACUCGGUGACUGUUGCUGCUUAUACCACCAAAGGCGAUGGAUCUCGCAGCAAGGCCAAGGUGGUUACCACCACAGGAGCAGUGCCUGGCAAGCCCACUAUGAUGAUCAGCACCACCAUAGGGAACACGGCCCUGAUCCAGUGGCAGCCUCCCAAGGAGAUGGUUGGGGAGCACAUGGGAUACCAGCUGCAGUAUAAGAGGGCCGAGGAGGAGGCUUUCACCAUCAAAGACUUCAGGAAGGCAGACGAUCAUUUCACAGUGACCGGCCUCCACAAGGGAGCCACCUACAUCUUCAAACUGUGUGGCAAAAACCGAGCGGGCAAUGGGGAGGAGUACGUGAAGGAGAUCAGCACCCCCGAGGAGGUUCCCAGCAGCUAUCCCCAGAAUCUGAGCGUGGUCGGUCUGACCGCCACCUCCACCAACCUGGCCUGGGAGCCCCCUCCUCUGGCUAAGAGGAACGGGAAGAUUGUGAAGUACGAUGUGGUGUACCGAGAUAUCAACAGCCAGCACAACAACACCAAUAGCACCACAGAAACGCAGAUGACCGUCCAAGGCUUGCAGCCAGACACAACCUACGACAUCAGAGUCCAAGCCUUCACAAGCAAGGGGGGGGGACCCAUCAGCCCCAGCAUUCAGAGUCGGACCAUGUCCACCUCCAUGCCAGUGUUCACCAAGAACUUUGCCGUGAAGGCUGUGAUGAAAACCUCUGUCCUGCUGACCUGGGAAGUGCCAGAAACCUACAAAUCCCAAGUGCCUCUCAAGAUCCUGUAUAACCAGCAGAGUUUGGAGGUUCAAGGCAACCUGAAGAGGAAGUUGAUUACACAGCUCCAGCCGGAUACGGAUUAUUCCUUCGUGCUUAUGAGCCGGGGGAACAGUGCCGGCGGCCUCCAGCAGCAGGUUUCCACUCGAACAGCCCCAGACCUGCUGAAGUUGAAGCCAGCUCGAUACCAACACGAUGGGGAGGAUGGAGGCAAAGUGACCAUCAGUUUGUCCAGGGUGCCUCCUGAAGCCCCUGUCAGGUGCUACUACAUAGUGGUUGUCCCUAUCACCCCGGUUUCUCUGAGAAGAUGGGAGAACCCCGAAGACAUGGACAUCCAUGAGCUCCUGGAGGCCGGGGCCGACGGCAGUCUGCAGAGACGGAAGAGACAGAGCCAGGACCUCCUGCAGCCCUACAUCGCUGCCAAGCUGGACGCUCUGCCUGAGAUCUUCACUCUGGGUGACGAGAAGACGUACAACGGCUACUACAACAAAGCCCUCCCUGGCCAGCAGCAGUACCGCUGCUUUGUUCUGGCUGACUUGACGGACCACGAAUCUACAUUUGCGGCCAGCCCGUUCUCUGAGCCCAUCAUGGUGAAGCUCCACAGUGGGAUGACCCGACAAACUGAGGACCCAGAGAUGCUGUGGGUGAUGGGUCCGGUGCUGGCGGUCAUUCUCAUCAUCAUCAUAGUCAUUGCCAUUCUACUCUUCAAGAGGAAACGAACAUCCCCAGCCAAGGAUGAGCACAUGGCGGGGGUCAAGGACUCACUGCUGGCCCACUCCUCAGACCCUGUGGAGAUGAGGAGACUCAACUAUCAGACACAAGGUUCCAGUGCCCUCAGUUGCCCGAACACUCCAAGGAUGAGGGAACAUCCUUCCAUCGCUAUCUGUGACCUGGCAGACGACAUAGAGAGACUCAAGGCCAAUGAUGGUCUGUGCUUCUCUCAGGAGUACGAGUCGGUUGAUCCAGGACAGCAGUUCACCUGGGAGCACUCCAACCUGGAGGUCAACAAGCCAAAGAACCGCUAUGCAAAUGUUAUUGCCUACGACCACUCCAGGGUCAUCCUCACACCUGUGGACGGCGUUCCAGGCAGCGACUACGUCAACGCCAACUACAUCGAUGGCUACAGGAAGCAGAAUGCCUACAUCGCCACACAGGGGCCACUGCCGGAGACGCUGAGCGACUUCUGGAGGAUGGUGUGGGAGCAGAGGACCUGCACCAUCGUCAUGAUGACCCGCCUAGAGGAGAAGUCGCGGGUGAAAUGUGACCAGUAUUGGCCCAGUCGAGGCACAGAAACAUAUGGGAUGAUCCAGGUGACCAUGCUGGACACUGUGGAGCUGGCUACGUACGGCGUGCGCACAUUCGCCCUCUACAAGAAUGGCUCGAGUGAGAAGAGAGAGGUUCGACAGUUCCAUUUCAUGGCCUGGCCUGACCAUGGAGUGCCCGAGUAUCCCACCCCAACACUAGCCUUUCUACGCAGAGUCAAGUCCUGUAACCCUCCAGACGGUGGACCCAUGGUGGUCCACUGCAGUGCCGGCGUGGGCCGCACAGGCUGCUUCAUCGUGAUCGAAGCCAUGCUGGAGAGGAUGAAACACGAGAAGUCGGUGGACAUAUAUGGUCAUGUGACAUGCAUGCGGGCUCAGAGGAACUACAUGGUGCAGACGGAGGACCAAUACAUAUUCAUCCACGAGGCCCUGCUGGAAGCUGCAACUUGUGGCAACACAGAAGUCCCCGCCCGAAACCUAUACGCCCACAUCCAGAAGCUCACCCAGAUCCCUCCCGGAGACACCGUCACCGCCAUGGAACUGGAGUUUAAGAAACUGGCCAACUCUAAAGCACAUACCUCAAGAUUCAUCAGUGCCAACCUGCCGUGCAACAAGUUCAAGAACCGCCUGGUAAACAUAAUGCCUUUCGAGUCCACCCGUGUCUGCCUGCAGCCAAUCAGAGGGGUGGAGGGCUCCGACUACAUCAACGCCAGCUUCAUCGACGGAUACAGGCAGCAGAAAGCGUACAUGGCCACGCAGGGCCCGCUAGCCGAGACCACGGAGGACUUCUGGAGGAUGUUGUGGGAACACAAUUCCACCAUUGUGGUCAUGCUCACCAAACUCCGAGAGAUGGGACGGGAAAAGUGCCACCAGUACUGGCCCGCCGAGCGCUCCGCACGCUACCAGUACUUUGUGGUGGACCCCAUGGCUGAGUACAACAUGCCUCAGUACAUCCUGAGAGAGUUCAAAGUCACAGACGCCAGGGAUGGUCAGUCGAGGACCAUCAGGCAGUUUCAGUUCACUGACUGGCCGGAGCAAGGAGUGCCAAAAACCGGGGAGGGAUUCAUCGAUUUCAUCGGCCAGGUUCAUAAAACUAAAGAGCAAUUUGGACAAGAUGGACCCAUUUCUGUGCACUGCAGUGCUGGUGUGGGGCGGACCGGUGUGUUCAUCACCCUGAGCAUCGUGCUGGAGAGGAUGCGGUACGAGGGCGUGGUCGACCUCUUCCAGACCGUGAAGACGCUCCGGACCCAGAGGCCGGCCAUGGUGCAGACAGAGGACCAGUACCAACUGUGCUACCGGGCUGCUCUGGAGUACCUGGGAAGCUUUGAUCACUAUGCAACAUAACCCCGCCCAGAAAGACACCCUCAGACGAGUCCUGUGUCUCCUCUGAGCCACAUAUCAUCUGCUCCAUCAGCCCCCCUGAGGCCUGAUGGGGAGGCAACAGUACGAGGAGGUGACCACAGCAGGAAACAGGGGGAGGGAAGAGUAAAAGAGGAGAGGGGACAGGGUUACGUCCUCCUGCCCCGGUGCCAUGAUUCUGCCACAGACCCGAAACCAAAACCUCCCAAAAAGCAACCCCCAAAAGACUUGUAGUCCUGCCUCAUUGCGAUUCCUGACUGAAUACUCCCGUCACUCUCCAUCCUCCUCCUCACAGCAAAAACAAAUGCUCUGCUUUCAUUUAUAGUCAUCGUUACUAUGUUGUUCUGAAUAUUUAGAAUUUAUUUUGUAAUCACUUACACUGGUUAUUAUAUGUCUUAAUGGGUCUUUUUUUUCAUUUGCUUAUCUUUUUAUUAUUUCUCUUAUCACAGAGGACAUGUUUUUUAAACAUUAAUACUGGAGAGCAUAUACUCACAGCUGCUAAUAAUUUUAUUUUGUACCAUAGAUAUGAUAUUCUAAUGUUAUCAUUGAUCUUAUUUCGUGGCAAAAGUGGGUUGUCUUGAUAUCCGAUAGAAUGGCGGUGAAAAUAUCACACAAACCGAUGAAAUUAGGUUUUUAAAACCACAGAAUGACCAAGUCUGCUGUAACUGUUGACUGAUGUUCUCAAAGCAUCAGAAAUGUGGAGACUUUCAUCAGACAAAAUCUAAAGUUGGUGGAAAGUGUUGUGUCCACCCAACAUAGACUCAGGUACACUGAACACAGAUGACCUGUGCAUGACAGAAGAAAACGAUCCAUUGUGGCACCGAGACUCGGUGCUGGAAUCUCAUCAAAUUGGUUCAGUUGCCCAACCCUCACUAUUUUAUUAUUGUCAACAAAUCUCACAAAAACGCUAAAACCGACAAUGUGUUAGUCUCCCAAGAUCUGUUCCUCUCAGCUCCAAGCUCAUUGCUGAAAAUAUACUUUAAAAAAGACAAAUGGCUCACACGUAUAUCAAUAGAAACAUAUAUUUAUUUGUGUACCAGGUCAAAACUAGUUGUUCACAUGCAACCAGGAGGAAAUAGUGUGUUUGUUGGGGACUAUUUGCAGCAGUGAAUUAAUCUACAGGUGGUGCUCUAAAGCAGUACUCUCCACUUUUUUUUAUGGGGCUCACUUUUUUAAAAUGACAAUCAUCGUGACCUGACUAUUUUUACAUCCCUUUAUAUUACCUUGGAUUGGUAAACCAACUAUUUAUCAGAGAUAUACAUCUGAUAGAACAUAAUGUGUUAUUACAUACUUUAUAAACAAUACCAAAUAAAUGCAUACAGUUAAAAAACUCGUUCCUUUAAUUUCCAACCUUCGGUCAAACAGAAUGUCCUCUAGCCUUUCAUAUUUGUGUCAUAAAGAUGCUGCAGCUGCCAGAACAAUACAAACCUUCAGGCUUCCUCACAUGGCUCAAAGGUGCACUGCACAUGUAAAAUUCAGUGGAAGAAAUUCUGCUCCUUUAUUAGCUCCCCUUAUAAUAUCUUCUGCGACCCAUCCGUUGGAAUCACUGGACUAGUGACUCCUCGGCAGCAGUGUGUGUGGGAUUGACUCCAAAUAGUCAAGAGUGUGUGUUUUCUUGGUGAUGAAGGACCACUGGGGUGUUUUUGAUCGAGGACGAAGAUCAAUUCAUUGUUGGUUUGGCUCGGUAUGUGGGAUUUGUCGACAAGCAAAGAAAAAACAUGCUGUAGAAUAUCACCAGACGUAUUCAUAUCUGAAUGUUCUCUUCAACUUCAAUAAUGCUCUGAAUCCCAUAACGGACCAACGGUUGAUGUUUUGAAACUAGCAGAGCUGAAUUUGAAAGCAUUUGACAGAGGGCUUGUGGACAUUCAAGAUAAUUUUUUUUAAAGAAGAAAAAAGAAGUAUAAAAUCAUAUUAUCCCCCUCCCCCACAAGGAAGUUCCAGACAGCUGUUUGGUUGAAAUCAUCCGAGCAGAUAGGUUUCAAUGUGGUGUCCAUGUGCUCGAACUUUCAUAUUAUGAACAUUAUGUUGAUCCACUUGCCGCUCGCAUGGUCCACGCACAUUGUCCUGUCACGGGGAGUGAUAUGAUGAUCAUGUUCAUCUUAUAACCCCCAUCUUUCUGUUUGCCCAUGCGGGUUCACAAAGAUGCAGAAACACUGGACCCCCGUCAUGAUAUAUAUAUAGCUCUGUUUUUAACGACUGUGUUGCAGACGGACAGACCGGUAACUGAGAACAGCGUUGCUGCUCAGUGGUGGAUCUCUGUGGCGUUCACCGGAUAAGAGUGUGGGGGGAAGGGGGGGUUGGAAGAUACCGGAUUAAUUUCACAGGGGGGUCCUAUCUGUUGUAUACAUGAUCUGUUUUCUAUUUGUUGAUAAAAAAAGCAGACAAACACUGUCUUGAAAACCUUGAUGUUAAUAAAGUUGAAUAUCUGGGUUUUUAAUAAUAUCACUGUGGUGCACUUCUGAUCUGUUCUGC